AUGACUAGUAUUUUAUCUCUAUCUAAUCUAUUACUAUUACACAUUAUAUCAGAUAUUGAAGAUAAUGGAGAUAUAGUAUGUUUACUGUUAACUUGUAAAAAGUUUUAUCAUAGUGGUGUUAGAAGAUCGAUUCAAUUCAAAGGAAUAGAAACUAUCAAUAUUGAAAUGGGAGAGAUAUCACAACAGUUUAAAGCAACAGCAACUAGAUUCAACCUAUUAUCAUUUAAAGAUAUAUUAGUGAAUAGUAUAUCAGAUCAACAAGUAAUACUUUCAGAAAAACAAGGAGAAAGCUAUCCAUUAUGGAUAAAAGAUUGUAUUUAUUACACCGAUAAUAGAAUAGAUUCUAAAACUAGUAACAUUACAACAGUAUUGGUGAAUGAAGAUAAACAUCGAGUAUUAAAUUCAUUACUCUACAAGAUACCAUCAAUCGAGACAUUAUUCGUCAACCACAAUGGUACAAUAGAUCUUGGAUCAAUCUCACAGUUACCCAAUCUUCAACGACUAUGGGCUCAAGCGCACUUGCUUAAACUUGGUCACCACUCUUCAUUACCAAUUGAGUGGGAACGAAAAGAUGGUAUUACCGAGAUUAGUGUACCUCUCAGCCUUAGGAUUCUUUCACUCAGUUCUGAAGAAUGUAUACAAAUCGCGACCCCAUGUCCAAUGCCAUUAUUAGAGAAACUAUAUCUUUUAGAACCUAUAGUGAUUGGCAAUCUAACAUCAUCACCAUCAUCACAGUAUCCAUCACUCAAAAAGAUUUCUAUUGUUUGUGAUGACCCCAUUCCAUCAGAUAUUGUGUUUCCAUCAACACUAGAAAAGCUUACGAUUUCAUCAAACUAUUCUGGUGAUACCAGUCUACUUGAACAAGUUGUAUUCCCACCUUCACUCACUCAUCUAACCAUUUUGGGAGAGUAUGACCAACAAGUCCAACCUUUACCAGAAUCACUCGUCAAACUAAAGUGGGAAUUCAACACUAUAUCUUCUCAUCAUCUUUCAACAAUAAUAAUGUCACUUCCUCGUCAUUUAAAAAAACUGGUUUUAUUAUACGAAAUUGUCCAAGGUGGUUAUUUAGAUUUGUCAUCCAACUAUCCACCAUCCCUUGAAACGAUUGAUCUCACUGACAUACAAGGACUUUCUACCUUUACUCUACCACCAACUACCAAAUAUCUAACAAUUUCAAUGUGUACAGAUCAACUACCAUACAUUCCAAUAUUUUCAAUCCAGAAUAGAAUAACAAUACCCAAAGUUCAAUCACAGCAACAACAGCAACAAUGGUUACCAUGCAAUACAACACAUCUAAAUUGUAGAAUGACUUUUUCUCAUUCAAAAUGGUCAUUAAGAUUAGAUGAAAUAAUCAAUCAUACCAAUGUUAGAUAUUUGACUCUCUUUAUGACCAACAACAACACUAUUAUUUUACAAUUUUCAAUUCAAAGAUUAGACAUGGAUAAUAGAAAUGUAUUGGUAUUGGAAAGACAAUCACUUACAGGUGGAAUCAUCACUCAGAAAAGAAAUGAAAAUACAAAUACAAAUACAAAUAUUAAUCAACAACAACAACAACAACAACAACAAGAAGAAGAAUAUGUUCCUAUUUAUUUAAAUUUUAAUUCAAAUUCUCUAUUUGAAUUUAAUUGGAGCUUUCUUAAACCAAACAACAAUAAUAAUUCUUGA